GCAGCAGCGACUUCACCGCUGCAACUUUGAUGACAGGGUUUUUUUUGGAGCAGUCGAUGAGCGCGUUUGAAGUGCCUUGCUGGUGAAGACAGGGGAAUCGGGUCUCGAGCUGUGGUUCCCUCUCUGCCAGUUGGAUCAAAAUGAAAUUCCUGAUUUGUGUGAUAGCAGUCGCCCUGGCGGUGAGAUCCACGCACGGAGGUAGCAAGUCUGACGAGCCGUGUGGAGGCCUGGACUGUAGCGGAGGAUGCAGGUGCAACCCAGAGAAAGGCAGUAGGGGUCGUCCAGGGCCUGUCGGUGAAGUUGGUGUGAGUGGACCGGAAGGGCCACCUGGGUCCCCAGGGCCUCAAGGGCCUAAAGGAGAGAAGGGUCAUAUUGGAUUGAAAGGACCACCUGGCCAGAAAGGAGACAAGGGGCCUAUGGGCGUGCCAGGGUUCCAAGGAAAUGAUGGAGUACCUGGUCACCCCGGUCAAGAGGGUGGCAGAGGACCACCGGGACUGGACGGCUGUAACGGGACCAGAGGAGAUCCUGGACCACCUGGCUUCAGGUCAGGAGUACCUGGCUUCCCUGGACUUGCUGGACCUACUGGGCCAAAGGGUCAGAAAGGAGAGCCUCGAUAUAUUGAUAACAGCAUCACGAGUUUACCAGGUUUACCAGGAAGGGACGGUCCACCUGGUAUCAGGGGUCCUGACGGUCCAACUGGUUUUCCUGGUCCCACUGGGCCAGAAGGAUUCCCUGGCCCACCUGGUCCUCCCGGUCCCCCAGGGCCAAUGGGGAGCCGUAGUGACGGAUAUCAAGGAGAGCGAGGAGACAAGGGCGACGUGGGUCUUCCCGGACCCAGUGGUACUCCCGGCGACGGGUCACUAAGAAGCGAAAAAACUCUCACUAUCUACAAAGGAGAUAAGGGUGAACCUGGUCCAAAGGGAUUCAGAGGAUUCCCUGGCAAUCCCGGACUACCUGGACCUUUUGGUUAUCGAGGUGAACUUGGCGAGAAAGGCAUUCCUGGAUACCCCGGGGGAAGAGGUCCUCCUGGUUUUAACGGGCCUCCUGGUGCUCCAGGACAACAGGGAUCCCCUGGUAACUCAGGUUUCCCCGGGCAGCCAGGAUACAUAGGACCAAAGGGCGACCAGGGAGAACAGGGACUACCAGGACCUCCUGCUUACACUAGUAAUGGGGGCACUUCUGUUCAAGGAGCACCAGGUGACCCAGGUCUCGAUGGCCUGCCCGGUGCCCCCGGUGACCCUGGAGCUUCAGGAUACCCAGGAUCACCAGGACAACCAGGAAUUGUUGAGUUUGGUCGUAACGGACCGCCAGGUUUCCCCGGGAACUCUGGCCAAAAGGGAGAGAAAGGUAACGCUGGCAUACAAGGCUACGGCUCCGAAGGAUCCCCCGGCUCCCCUGGACCUCCCGGACCCCCCGGCCCUCCUGGACCUCAGGGCCCUUCUAGUUCUUCCCCAGAUGUCCCCGUUAGUUACCGUGGAGAGCCUGGGACCCCUGGCCCCAGAGGAGUGCCGGGUAGUAGAGGAUACAAAGGUUUCAGAGGUGAUCUUGGCGACUGUAACUGCCUAGGAGGAGGCUCCCCAAACUUGCCUGGGUUACCUGGACCUCCAGGAUCCAACGGCAGCCCCGGCUUCCCUGGGCGAAAGGGAGAACCCGGUGACCCCGGUUCACCCGGCUUUGGUGGUGUUCAGGGACCUCCUGGUCGUGCUGGUGACAGGGGUUUCUUUGGUCGUAAGGGAGAGAAGGGGACGUCUUACUACCCCACCCUUGGUCUGGGGGUUAAAGGGGAACUUGGAGCUCCUGGACCCAGAGGACCUACAGGUGAAACUGGAAAAAAUGGGAGAGACGGACUGCCUGGCUUUCCCGGGAUCCCUGGACCCCCAGGAGACGCUGGUUUCGGCACAGUUGGAGAGAAAGGUUUCCCAGGGUUCCCAGGGCCUAAGGGUCGUUCCGGUGGCCCUGGCGAGCCAGGAGUUGGCUACGUCGGAACGCCUGGUUUUCGCGGAGAACCUGGAGAUCCCGGGAUACCUGGGCUGCCGGGGCAACCAGGUUUACCCGGACCGAAAGGUGAAAACAGCUGUGGAGGGGUUAAUGACGCUGGAGAGGGAACCGGCCAACUGCUACCGUGCAUCGUCCGUGAGGACGGAGACCCCGGGUUAUCUGGUUUACCUGGACAACCAGGUCCUAAAGGUCAGCCAGGUUUCCCAGGAAUCCCUGGGCGUGCAGGGUUUGACGGAGCCAAAGGAGAGAGAGGAGACCCCGGUUUUGGAGGCCAGCCUGGACCACAAGGUUUCCCUGGACCCAGAGGAGACCCCGGACUUCCAGGUGUUCCAGGACAGAGCUUUGACGGAGUCAGGGGGAAGGAUGGUGUUCCAGGGCGUCCUGGAGCCAAGGGCCAGCCUGGAGAGGUACUGGGAGCCACACCUGGAAGACCAGGACAGGACGGUUUACCAGGGGCACCGGGAGACAAGGGCCAGCCCGGGACACCAGGAGGACCUGGAUUACCUGGUGUUGAUGGACGUUUCGGUGUUCCUGGACUGAAGGGAGAGAGCGGAGUCAACGGUAAUCCUGGUGUUACCGGCCCUCCUGGACCUCCAGCUGAUCGGCCUAGCAUUCCCGGUCGGCCUGGAGCUCCUGGCAACCAGGGACUGAGCGGAUCACCAGGCUGCCAAGGUUUCCCUGGUCGCAAGGGAGAAAGAGGAGACCCAGGUUUCCCGGGGCCUGCUGGAAUGAAGGGAACCCCAGGACUGCCUGGCACCACUGGAUCACCAGGGCCUAGAGGCCCUCCCGGACUUCCAGGACCGGGAACAAGAGAGGGUGUCCCAGGAAUCCCAGGAAGGAAGGGUGAGAGAGGUUUGCCAGGACUAAUGGGUUUUCCAGGACUACCAGGUCGUACUGGAAGCCCAGGGUUUCUUGGAGGGAAAGGACUGGCUGGAGAGCCUGGAAGAGACGGAUUCCCAGGCGGAUCUGGAUUCUCCGGCCAGAAAGGUGAGAGAGGAGAAACCGGUCCCCCCGGCCCGCCUUCUCCUUUUGUUUCCUUUGAAAUUGUGGAGAAAGGACAACCCGGAACUCCCGGAACCAACGGCUUUCCUGGCUUCCCCGGACCCAGAGGUGACAAAGGUCUGCCGGGUCUGCCUGGUAGGCAGGGUGUGCCUGGACUUCCUGGUUUCCCCGAGCAAAGUAAAGGACAGCCGGGAGAGCCUGGGUUUCCUGGACGACCAGGAGCUUCAGGCUUCCCAGGGUCAAAGGGGGAACCUGGAAUCAUGGGAUUCCCCGGCAUGACUGGACCAAGGGGUGAUGAUGGUGCACCUGGUUUCCCUGGCAAUCCUGGAGAAUUUGGUCGGCCUGGUAGCAAAGGUCAACCCGGAGAGACGUUUGGUUAUCCUGGAGCUCCAGGAGCUAAAGGCCAGCCAGGAGAUCCCGGCUUCCCAGGUCGUCGUGGCAAUGACGGCGCCCCCGGUGACAGCGGCUUUCCGGGGGGUCCAGGUUUCCCUGGAGCGAAGGGGGCUGUUGGUGAAGGAGGACGUCCUGGAAUAAUGGGCUCCCCUGGUUUCCCAGGGCCAAAGGGCCAGCCCGGCUAUCCAGGAAGAAGAGGACAGGAUGGGCCGCCUGGUCAGACUGGAAAUCCUGGAGGUCCUGGAGCCAUAGGUUUGCCUGGAUCCCCUGGUCUGGAUGGACUUAAUGGCCUUGCUGGACCUAAAGGCAUCCCUGGAAACCCAGGUGUGAGCUUAGGAGGUGCCCCAGGCUCUCCUGGUAUUUCAGGGCUGAAGGGAGAGCGAGGCGUCUCUUACCCAGGAAGCCCAGGCUUCCCCGGACCGAAGGGAGAGAGAGGAGAUUCGGGUUCUCCUGGACUCACAGGGUUCCCUGGUCGGCCUGGACCUCCUGGUCGUCCUGUGGGGUCAAAUAUUCCCGGACCUGUGGGAGACCCUGGCCUCCCUGGACUGGAUGGAGAGUAUGGUUUUCAAGGUCCUCCAGGUCCCCCCGGGCCGCCUGGUCCAGGGACAAUCCAGGGAGACAGAGGUGAUGCCGGGCUCCCAGGCUUCCCUGGCUCCCCCGGCAGGAAAGGAGAACCAGGAGGCAAUGGAGGCACCGGAUUCCCCGGCAGCCCAGGGUUGAAUGGAGGACAAGGUGAUACUGGCUACAGGGGAGGUCCUGGUCGCAAGGGUUUCCCUGGUGACUCUGGUUAUUAUGGAAACAAAGGAGUCAAGGGACCACGAGGAUCUCCUGGUCGUAAGGGUCUCCCUGGAGUCUCGAAUCCCCCACUUCCACCAGAUCCUGCAACCCGCGGAGACCCGGGCUUUCCCGGUCGAAGUGGAACCCUUGCUGCCCCUGGAGAGCCCGGUCAGCCUGGACUGCCUGGACGUCCAGGUCCUAAGGGUCGCCCUGGCCCUGUGGGUAAACUUGGCAGGACUGGCCCUUCUGGUCUGCCCGGACCCAUCGGGGACCCCGGACCCCCAGGGUUCCUUGGACCCACUGGAAAUCAAGGUUCCCCUGGUGCAGUCGGUCGUCCCGGCAAUCCCGGCAGCGCCGGCCGCAGUCAAGGCAUCGGCUACACUCUGGUGAAGCACAGCCAGGACUCCCAGGUCCCCAUGUGUCCUCAGGGCAUGGCCAAGCUGUGGGACGGAUACAGUCUGCUGUACGUGGAGGGACAGGAAAAGGCACACAACCAGGACCUCGGUCAGCCAGGUUCGUGCCUCCCCAGGUUCAGCACCAUCCCCUUCCUCUACUGCUCCCCUAACGAGAUCUGCUACUACGCCAGCCGCAACGACAAAUCCUAUUGGCUCUCCACAACUGCAUCCAUACCCAUGAUGCCUGUGGCCGACGGGCAGAUACGACCUUACAUCAGCAGGUGUUCUGUGUGUGAGGCUCCAUCUCUGGCCGUGGCAGUCCACAGCCAGGACACGACCAUCCCCAACUGUCCACCUGGCUGGAGGAGUCUCUGGAUAGGAUACUCCUUCCUCAUGCACACAGCAGCUGGCGCUGAGGGCGGUGGUCAGUCCCUGGUGUCUCCCGGCUCCUGCUUGGAGGAUUUCCGUGCAACGCCAUUCAUUGAGUGCAACGGGGCCAAGGGCACCUGCCACUACUUCGCCAAUAAGUACAGCUUCUGGCUCACCACUGUGGAUCCCAACCAGGAGUUUGUGUAUUCACCAGAACAGGAGACCUUGAAGGAAGGAGAGGAGCGCUCCAAAGUCAGCCGCUGUCAAGUCUGCAGCAAGCUCUUGUAGUAGGAGGUGAAUGGAGGGAGGGAGACACGAGGAGAUACAUUAACACCUCAAAGGAAAAGGAAAAAAAGAGGUGUUGAUAAAGAAAUUUAUAAAAACAAGAACAUGUGACUGAAAAUGAGCCCCUCUCCUGCUUCACUGGUUUCUGAAUCAAGUCGAACAGCAUCGUUUUUAGAAUUUUUGAUCCGCUUUAGGAAUGAAUGAAAAUAAGAUGGAGGUAGGAAAUGAAAAGAGAAGGGCUCCAGUGUGCUCUUCUCUAGAUUAUCACUGACAAUGGUGCUAUUUUUUAUGUUUUUUGUGUUUAUUUUGUGUCCGUUUUCUCGUUUCGGUUCUGGGCGAGAAUCAUUCUCGGCUACCUCGGAGAGUGCCGCCCCCUUUUGGAUAGCACUACACCACUUAUAACAUCAGGCCUGGGCGUCUGCCUCAGAUGAGUUCAUUCAGACAGUAAACUCACUCUACACUACACUCUACACUACACUCUACACUACACUCUACACUACACUCACGCUACGGUUGAUUCAGUUGGUGAGUCUAAAGUCUUAACAUUCUUGUCUGAACUGAUCUAACUGAAGUAGAUGGUAACAUCAGCUGGUUCUGGUUCAAAUUAGACAUUUUUAGUCAAAGGGCCGCCUUAAAACAUUGCUUCAUUUGUAUUUACUGCCGGCUACAAUCACUUUAACUGCAGUUAUGUUACGUUAAAAGCUGCCACCACAGCUGUACCCGCUGGAAACUGGUGAUUUUGCUGUAAUGACUCCGCUGGUAAUCAUUCAUUUCAUUGAAAUCAAGCUGCUUAGAGUUGACACUUGCUUGAGGUGGAGUAAAGCGCUAUAUUGUUUUUAGAAAGUUGUAAUAUUGUUGUUGUUGCUGUCCGUUUUCAUGCAUUUAAGGGACAAUUUCCUAGUCGCACGAAGUAUGUAUAACAUAACAAAACACAAUUAAGAGAAAGUGAUAAAGAAUAAAAUGAGUUUUUUUAAAUAAAAGCACCAAAAUGUGUUAAAAAAUUGAGGAAUGAAAUAGAAAGAAAGAAAAACAACACAAAUAAAUUCACAAGUAAGUUACUGGCGGGCUUAUACUUAACUUCAGAUACUGGACCAACAGCAACUUUUUAAAGCAGAAAACAACAGGCGCUGCUUCUAUUGAUAACAUAACCAACAAACAAAGGCAAGUAAUGGUUCACUUUAAUGUAUUUUUUUAUUUCAAGCAAGUUAUAAUCCUAUACAACCUGAUUUUUAUAGCUUAUAGAAAUAAUUUUAAACCAAUGACAGCCGGGAAUUUAGGAACUUAUCUGACAGCAUAAGGUUAAUUCUUGACCAUGAGGAAGAUUAGAGCUUUUAGGAUUGGUUUUAUGAGCAACGUCCAUCUGCUAGUAAAGCUUGUAAGUGGACCUUGAGUUAAGAAUAAAAAAACUUUACUAUGCAUUUUUCAGGUUUCAUAUGCCUGUGAUCUCUGUACAUUUCACUACAUGACUCUAUGGUGCUACAAUACCCUGGCAGUUGACUUGAAAGGCAACAUUUAGUCUGCAUUAAACUGCAUGCAAUAAAAAAGGUUAAGCAGUUUUCCUUAUAAACUUAAACACAAACUCUGCGACAGCUAACUCACCCAUUCAUAAAUAUUGCACUGAUAUGAACUCACAUGGGUUAGAGCAACAAAGAAGUCAAAUCAAAGGGGCAUAUUUCCUCUACAUCUCUCACCUUCACAUGCUUUUAUCUCUAUUGUGUGACCAAAAUGUUUUUUUUAAAUCAUAGAAAAAUCCUUUCAUUCACAUUAAAACUUGCAACAGGAAACCAAAUACAUACUUUCUGAACGCGUGUUAGUUAUUGCUGUACAUAGUGCUUACUGUAUUUUCCAGCAAAGUAUGUUAGAGCAAAAGUCUAUAUUGGUGGUCACUCUUUAUUUUAUUUUAUAUUUUUUUCCAGUCUAUGUGUCUUUUCUCUGUCCUCGGAUAAGAAAGAGGACGAUUUUGCUAAUUUUCUGCCAGUAAAUGUGGAUGUAUGACUGAUGAAUACAGAGUUGCAGUAAGGACACAAAGACAUGUAAGAUCACAAUUUACGUUUUUUUACAUUGACUUUGGUUUGAAAUGUAAUCUGGAUUAAGUGAAACUGGUUAACAUCAGACUAUUCUCUGGACAGUGAAAGCUACUGGGUGACUUGUAACCACUAUGACCACCGUGUGAGAUGGGAGGGAAUGGGAAGAUAAUGAUAUGUACAUUUAUUAUUAUGGAGAAAAAAAUGUCUUGAGGAUUAUGUUUUAUAUGGAAAAUAUAUUCGCCACUGAUGAUUUAAUAGACGCAACACCUGUUUUUAUUAUCUGUUUGGUCUUUACCCCCCUUGCUCAAAACUGAGAGUGCAAAUGUUUUAUGCAUCAACAUACUGUAAAUGGCUGGAGUGACAGAAAAGAAAUGCAGUAUUCCUCAAAGAGGAUCCAAAACAAAAAAGAAAUGGUAAAAACAUGUCUGUUACUGUAAUGUGUAUUUCUGUGCUCACACACUUUGAAAUAAAGUCUCUAAACUAACUGAGAAUUUAUAAUGUAGAAUUAUUACACAUUUAAAAGAGGCAGUUCAGUAUUUUCAUGGUAGCAGCAUUUUGUUCUGUGAAUGUUUGUUUCGUACAUGUAACCUCCACUGAGAAUAUUACAUGUGUUGUUUUUUUUUUGCUUUCGUCAGUGUAAAGAUAAUGUUUGAGAUCAGAUUGCUGUGUGCUUGGCAAAACCAAAUUAAAACCAUUAACACCUUGUAGCUUGAUACUGAUUUUAUUGCGUUGUUGUACAACCAAGCAGUUAUCAGAUAUCAGACGUUGAACUUGGCAUGAUUUUUUUUUUAUUACCAUGCUUUGGAAGGAAACGGAUGCAUGUCACCAUUAACUGGUUAAUGUCACUAAUCUUGCAACGCUGGAAAAACCUUUGAAAUGUAAUUUUAAAGUUAAUAGGCAUUCAAUACCCUGCUGUUGAUAAUACAUUAGCUGGUCUUUUGCGUGAUGCAUGAGUGAUGACUCAAUACCAACAUGUCUCCACUGGAAAUAAAAAUAAAAGAUGCACGAUAAUCCAAUAUGAA